AUGUCCAGUAAUUUCAGACUGCUGGUGAAGAAUGCCGAACAGGUGGUUCUGAUCUGCAACAAUGGAGAGAAGUACAUGAUGAAACAUGAGAUGCAAAAUCUUUGUGUGAUUGAAAAUGGGAGCGUAGUAAUAGGAAGUGAUGGGCUGAUUAAAGCUGUGGGGCCUGCUGAAAUCAUCAGAGCCCAGUAUCCAGAGACGUCCUUUGACAAAGUGAUUGAUGCUGCAGGAAUGUGUGUCCUGCCAGGGUUGGUGGACGCCCAUACCCAUCCGGUCUGGGCUGGUGACAGAGUGCAUGAAUUUGCAAUGAAGCUUGCAGGUGCCACCUAUAUGGAUGUGCACCGGGCCGGCGGAGGGAUCCACUUCACAGUGGAGCACACUCGAGCUGCCAGCUCCUCAGAGCUGCUGGCCUCCCUCAGCAGCAGGUUGGUCCGGAUGCAGCGAGCAGGUACAACCCUGGUGGAGUGUAAGAGCGGAUACGGCCUGGAGCUGCAGACUGAGCUCAAGAUGCUGGAGGUGAUCGAGGCGGCCAGAUGCACCCUGCCCAUCAACAUCUCCUCAACCUACUGCGGAGCCCAUGCAGUGCCCAAAGGAAAGACGGUUGCUGAAGCCACAGAGGACAUCCUGCGUGUUCAGCUGCCACGUCUGAAAGAGAAGAUGUCUGCUGGGACUCUCAGCGUGGACAACAUAGACGUGUUCUGCGAGCAGGGAGUGUUUGACCUCAGCUCUACUCACUCCAUCCUGCAGGCUGGUAAAGACAUGGGCCUCAACAUCAACUUCCACGGAGAUGAGCUUCAUCCCAUGAACUCUGCUCAGCUGGGUGCAGAGCUUGGAGCUUUAGCCAUCAGUCACCUGGAGGAGGUCACAGACGAGGGGAUCGCUGCCAUGGCAACAGCAAAAACCGCUGCUGUCCUCCUGCCAACUACAGCUUACAUCCUGCGGCUGCCGCAGCCUCGGGCCAGAGACAUGCUGGAAGCUGGAGUAAUCGUUGCCCUCGGCAGCGACUUCAACCCCAACGCCUACUGCUGCUCCAUGCCGUUAGUCAUGCACCUGGCCUGUGUCAACAUGAGGAUGUCCAUGCCGGAGGCUUUGGCUGCGGCCACCAUCAACGCAGCCUACGCCCUCGGGCGCUCCCACACACAUGGCUCCCUGGAGAUGAAAAAACACGGAGACCUGCUGAUCCUGAACACCACACGCUGGGAGCAUCUGAUCUACCAGCUUGGAGGACAUCAGGAGCUAAUCCGUUACGUCGUCAUUAAAGGCAACGUCGUCUAUGACAACGAGAAAACGUUGGAUUUAUAACCGGAACAUAACUUCCUGCUGAGUCAUUCAGGUUACUAAAGGUACUAUACUAAUUAUACUGACGGCUACAACUGAGAUUUUAAG